GGAGCAAGAAAAACACGGCUUUAUCGUCCUUCUCCUCAAUAUCUUCUACCUCAAGCAGACUCCAGCUGCAAAGUGUGGGAAACAAUCUCUACUUCCAGGCUCCUUCAUGUCAUCUCUACGUUGUCUGGGAGCCUUGCGCCAGUACCGGAACGUUUACCAUCCUCCCCCAUUUUCCUGUCGUAAGAAACUAGAGGAAACAACGUCCGUUUCCGGUUGGCUCCGGCUGUAAGGUUGAAUAUUGAGUGUCCCGGGAGGUCAGAUUGCUGUCAGACAUGGCUGCUGGACACGGACAUGAACAUGGACAUGAACACGGACACGGACAUGGCCAUGGUAAAAUGGAACUUCCAGAUUACAGACAGUGGAAAAUUGAAGGGACGCCAUUAGAAACGGUGCAGAAGAAGCUUGCUGCCCGAGGGCUGAGGGAUCCAUGGGCUCGCAAUGAGGCUUGGAGAUACAUGGGCGGCUUUGCAGGCAACAUCACCUUCCCAAGCGUAAUAUUAAAAGGAUUCAAAUGGGGGUUUGCUGCGUUUGUGGUAGCUCUGGGGGCUGAAUAUUUCCUGGAUUCCCAGAAUGGUGAUAAGAAACAUCACUGAAGAGAGUGCCUUGUGACGUCUCUUUCAUAAAAAUAAGAUUCUCUCACUGUAGCAUUCUUGGCUGUGUGUUUGUCCUUGAAAGAAUAUUAGUAUGGUUUAAUAAAGUAAGAAAAACUGUU